AUGGCACCGGCAGAGAUGGACCAGUCUCCUUUCGAGCGCAUGUUCGACCUCGAAACCAUCCCAGAAUCUCCCGAUUCCGGCGACAUGACCACUGCAUUUGACUCCUUUCUCAACCUCCAGGCCGUGGCCUUCCCCUGGACCGCUCACGACACUGCUGGCAGAAGGAGCGGCGGGAAGAAUGGUGAGGCGAAGGCGAGCAAUGCGGCGGCCCAGCGCGCGGCGCGGAAGCAGCUGCUCGCGGCGCUUAUGGAGGCUCUCGCGGACUCAGCGGACGACACCGCCGCCGCCAACGAACCCGCCGCAGCUGCCGACGAGCCUUCCUCACCGGAAUCCCUCGAUGAGAGGGAGUUCCUCUCACCCGCAGCGCUGGCAGCAGGGUCGCGGAAGCGCAAGGCGGCGGAGAUCGAGAUGGUGCCCUCCACGGCUGCGACUGUCGUGGGCGGAAGCGAGGCGGAUGUGACGCGCGAGCUGCGCCGUGCGAUUGCUGCUGUCAUCCUCCGCAGCGAGCCGCGCCCCGCACACGCUGCUGCCGCCGCUCCCGCGCCUCCCGUCGCGGCUGCGCUGCCAGUGGUUACCACACAUGCCACCCCUGCUGGCGGCAGGACGUUUGCCCAUCAUGGCCCGCUGCAGAUGCCGUUUCGCCUGCCCAUUGCUAACGGUGCGGCUCCCGCUGCUUCCCCCGCUCCAGAAGCAGCAGCUUGCAUGAACUAUGACAACUCAGAUGAUGAUAUGGGGGGUUUUGGCGGAAGUCCCACGCGCAGAGGCGCCAAUGGGGCGGCAGAUGAUGCGGACGAUUGGAUGCCGCGCAACCGCAGGCGCAAGGACCUGCAGAUGGUGGGCGGGCGCAUCAAGGCGCGGAGCAUGGCGGAGAGGCAGAGGCGGGAGAGGAUCAGCGAGGGGCUGCAGAAGCUGCGCCUGGUUGUGCAAGGGCAUGGGGACACCGCCAACAUGCUCCACAAAGCAGUCGCGUAUGUCGACGCCUUGCAGCGCAUGACUUCUCAAGAGGUAUUCCUGCCUCUCCUCUCACUGCGCGCCAACGAGGGUUCUGGCCCAGUGGAGGAGUGUGAGGAGAAUGUGGGGAAGUUGAGGAAGCUGCGAUUCGAGGCGGAGAGCACAUCCCAUGUUGUCAUCUGCGUGGAGGAGUGUGAGGAGAAUGUGGGGAAGCUGAGGAAGCUGCGAUUUGAGGCGGAGAAUAAGUUUGACGCGACGCAUGCGAUGGGAGAGAAGAUGAAGGAGAAGAUGGCGGAGUGUGAGGAGACCACCGCCAAGAACGCUGCUGAGCGGCACAAAGAGAAGAGCAAAUUCAUGGCACAGGUGCAUGAGUUGGAGAACAAGGUGAAGGAGCUGCAAGCGAAGCUGGGCACCAGUGAUGACACCAGCAGUGACGGCAGCACCAGUGAUGACACCAGCAGUGACAGCAACCUCAGUGACAAGUAG